AGUGAACCAUUGUUUAAGGUCCAGAUCAACAAGGACUUCAGACGAGGAUAUUGACUGACUUGCGACCGAUAUCAGCCUAAUUUGAAUGUGCCAGUCAUCAUGCUUUUGCUAGAUUACCACAACGUCCUCAUCCACUCUCUCCUGACGGAGCGGUUCUCUGGAUCCACCCCCGUGUCAAUUGAUCAAGUUGUCUCCGACUUCGACGGCGUGACCUUCCAUUUGUCUACUCCUGAAUCCAAGACCAAAAUCCUCAUCUCCAUUCAAGUCAAGUGCUUCCGAGAGCUCGUGCAAUAUGGUGCCCAACAAGUGCUGGAAAGGGAAUACGGCCCCUAUAUCGUCGAUCCGGAACCUGGCUAUGAUUUCUCCGUCUUGAUCGACUUGGAGAACCUUCCAGCUGAACAGGAAGAAAAGCAUAAUCUCAUCAUGCGACUGGCUCUAAUGAAGCGGAACGCAAUGGCCGCUCCUUUCGAAAGAGCAUUCGAUGAAUUCGCAAAGCUAUCGGAGGAGGCGUCCAGAUACACCACAGAAUCAGCCCCGCAGGGCGUUAAGGAAGGAGGAGAAGUUAUGGCAAUCCACUACCGCGAAGAAGAGGCGAUCUACAUCAAGGCCAGUCACGACCGAGUCACGGUCAUCUUCAGCACUGUCUUCCGAGAGGAAACGGAUCGCAUUUUUGGCAAGGUCUUCUUGCAGGAGUUUGUGGAUGCCAGACGCCGUGUUCUGACGCUGCAGAACGCUCCUCAAGUGCUUUUCCGCAACGAUCCACCUCUCGAGUUGGCUGGAGUCCCUGGUCUGCAGAACGUCAACGACGGCACGCUGAGCUACGUCACCUUUGUGCUUUUUCCUCGUCAUUUGACUCCUCAGAGACGAUACGAAAACAUUUCUCACAUCCAGAUCUUCCGUGAUUAUUUCCACUACCACAUCAAAGCCUCCAAGGCAUACAUUCACACUCGGAUGCGCAAGAGGACUGCAGACUUCCUUCAAGUACUCAACCGGGCGAGACCCGAGAACGAGGAGCGGGAGAGAAAGACGGCCAGUGGCCGUACUUUCAGGGUGCAGGGGUAGAACAGCGGGUUUCUCAUUUUUUUUUGUAUAGAAUAUUGUAGUUCGGCGGAAGGGAGCGUGGAGAGAAUGCAUACUUGCAUGCGCCAAA